UGGGACGUUGGUUUUAUGUUGUAGUGUCCGCAGCACGGGGAGCAGUACAUCAUGUACUCCCCGAUGCAGAAUGCUAUGCUAUGCGUGAAUUGCUUCCGUGAUACACCUAACGAAGUGCGAGCCCAAUGCGUGGACAUCGAGACGGCUCAUACCCAAGCUGCGAAACGUCUGGAGCGUGGUCAAAACGCUAUAAUGGAUCUGCAGACUUCGGUGAGGGACGGCAUCAUCGCACUCAAAGGUUUAAUGGAUGAGCUGAGGAAGAACAUGGAUGCAGAGAAGCAUACGAUCAACACUUUCUGCCAGGGUAUGCAAGAAGCUAUGGCCAAGACGCACGCCGCUAUGAUCAUGGAGGUGCAGAGACAGUACGAGAGCAAAGACAGGGUGUACAGAAGUCAACUUGUUGUACUAGGAACUGUGAUGCCGGUGCUGCAAUUGCAUUUGGUCUUAUGCACGACAUUCACUUCGGCUGCUAAUAAGUAUCAGUUUUUGGAGUUAUGUCCAUCUCUGAUUGAACGUCUGUCCGCCGUUGGACAGCUGAGCCAACCCGUUAGAUCUUUACAAUCUUCAUCAAUCAAAACUAAUUACCGAAGCGAAUUUGCGCAAUCGCUCGAACCGUGGAUCGGACAAACCGCUGUCAGCCAACAUCUUGCUGAACUUGCAGGAUCAUCAAGUGCAAGGGUGUACGAAAGUGCACCGCCUCCAACAAAGAAACAGCAAAACGUUCUGAAAUCGAAACUGCUGGACUCUGAUACAUCAUUCGCGUCCCACUGCCGUUCAUUUGAGUCGCAGAUCAGAGAUCUGAACCAGCAAUUCAAUUCCGUUAAAGACAAGGUCAGUGAAUUGCAUAAAGAUAUCACGGCAAUUCGUAAAGCUCAAAAUCCACCGCUAGCAACUCGCUACGAAAUGUUAAGUAUUGAUUGUAAUAUGUUGGAUCAGAGUUUGGAAAGGCAACAACAGGAAUUGGAUCGUAUGGCCUCGAUUUUUGAUAAAUCCUGGGACGAACAGCUCUGGCGUUUGAGAGUCGAGCAAGAAGUGUUCAGUUGCCAGAGGGCCGAUGUGAUGACGCUUCGAAACGAACUGAAGCAUCUGAAUAACGUUGCUCAGCAGUUGGAACCGUACAUAAGGACAUUAACGCCAGCGCAGACCUCGCAGAGCGAGCAAGCUGCUGAGCAAGCUCAGCAUCUGCAGAACAUCUUGGAGCACAUCGGGAGGCUACAAACGGAAACGGGUAAAAUACCGCGCUCGAGGAGUAGACUGCUCGGACAGCUCAUCGAGAAGGUGAGACCGAAUCAACCGGAUAGAGAGCGCAGCAAGUCCACGUCGCAGGUGGAGAAGUCCGCGACGACGACGCCCUCAAAGCCGAAGAAGUUCUCGCCGCAACAGCUGAACAUCGAUCGGCUGGAGUCACAUAUCAAAGAAAAGAUACACGACAUCAUGUGCAGACGUCAGUCGCAACCUCAGCAGCAGCACCAGCAGCAGCAGGAAAAGCAGUCUUCAUCCAAGUCCGAUACCGAGAUAGAUCCGCGCAAGUUGAGCAAGAGCGAUCUUGAGCAAAUCGCCAAACUGGGGCAGAAACACCACAGGAUUACGUACAAGAAGAUAGGCAAAAGCUGUGAUAAAAUCAAUUGUACGCAGGAGGGCAAGAAGUGUGACUACCAGAGGAUGCCCACGGAGGGCUCAAAAAACGUGAAGGCGCUGGUGCACGAGACGCGGUCCAGUCCCAGCAGUCCCAAGUGCCGCAACAAAUCCAAACUGCAGUCGCAAUCCAAGCAGAGAAAAGCGACGAAGGUGUAUCCUUACAGCGACGGCGAAGAUAACGUUUUCUAUUCUCUGCACGAUUCCGCCGAUUCGCUCAGCACUUCCAGCAGACGCUCAAGUUACGAUGGUACUGAUAAAACGCUGGUGGUUGUCAUAAAUCGGAGGAAUAAAAACCAAACUUUAGCGCAGAAGCAACGCAGCUGGGAGACGUUCCCACCGAAGAGACGGCACCACGCCUGUCCGAAACUGUCCGCGCCGGAUCCGGUUCCCAUACGGAAAGCCGAUAGUUUCGAAGGGCACGAAGAGGCCGUCAAAAGCUUGGUCGCUGCCGUCCAAGAAACCAGACGCAAACCAAAAACAAACUAAACAUUUCUUCAGUUACAGCCAGAAUUUAGCGAAUUCAACCAAAA